AUGUUCGAAAGGAUCACAAUCCAGAUCGCUGGCCCAGGCUCAAAAGUGGCGUCCGUGACCACGGAUGCGGAAGUGUUGUGGCGAACAAGAAAAAACUUUGUCUUCAGCAUCAUGUCUCCCGCAACAUGUCACAGGCAAAAACUUAUCUGGCUGACAAGGACAUACCCGCUCAUCGUUAUCGCUUUGGUUGGAGAAUAUAUUGAAGACAGAAUCAUCGAGACUAUGGAGAAACUCGCGAUUCUCGCUGAUCCUUACCAUUACAAAGUCCAUAUUUUCUGCAUUCACCGUGGUGAUGAGCUGAAGGCUGCGCGUCUAAUCGACCUCACGCCAAAGUGGCACCUAGCCGCAACGCUCUAUAAUGAGGUGCCGAGAAUGUCAAGAAAUCAAUUUGUACAAGCCCUGUCAAUGGUGGAGUCAGAAGACUUGGCAUUAAGCACACCAUCAGACUCCAACGGUGAAACUGAACAAACCGGUGGUGAUGAUAGAGCACAGAAAAGUGACGGCGAGUCGGUCACUCCGAAUCAACCGCAAGAUGCCGGGAGCGCACCUGAUUUGAAGCGGAAUGCAAAUGAUGAGAAUGUGCAACGCCAUCGGGGCUAUCUCAGAAGGGAUAUCUUGAAGAAGGAUACAAGAUCAAGGAGUAUGAUGACUUUCGAGUCCGUAUCGGCCACAAUCGGGUGUCUGAGGAGCAAGAAAAUCGAGAUGACGAAGAGGAAAUGCACGUUUAACAGACUGGAGAUGCAGCACCCGGGCAACGUCACAGCGGAAUUCUCCCUCCGCUGUGUAUUCCGGACAGCGUCCAACCGCGCCACAAUGGCGUUCAACAUCAGACCUUCUGGUGAAGCGCUUUCCGCAAAAGAGGCAUGGGUAGCACUGCUUGGGAACGUCGGCAUCCCUGAAGGCGUGCCUUCCCCUUUUGGUGCGCCGGCGAGAGGCCGAGUUGUCGGUGGGAACGUCAACGAGGUCGUCGUCGCGGUCCUUGCGCUUGCUAGCUUUGCGAUGCGAACUAGUGCUCGUGUUGUGCUGGACCAGGGCGUGUGGAUGGGUAGACCAGGAUCGGUCCCGCGGGGUACGCAUGGCGUACUCACGUGUGGCGGUGGUGUGAAGGCUAUUGUUACGAAAUGGUUGGGUGGCCCGGAAGACCCUCCGACACUCGGCGCAAAAGACGAACGGCAUAUGGCUGGACUUCUCGAACGUAAUCCAUUUGACGCGCGGGAUGUAUAUCUUCUGUAUGUCUUCCCUACGGAGGCUUCUAUUCUGCAAGACAUUACGGACCGACAGAAUAGGAGACUAGCCGAGUGUGUGAGCGACUCCUUUUCCACGCGGUUCACCAAGGGCGACAUUGACAACCUCUCGAUCGCUGUGGUCACGUCCGACGGCCCUGUCUUCGAGCGGAACUCCUGCGUCAUCCGGGGCAACGAGUUCACCUCUCCGCCUACGCCGAGCCAUGCCUCCUACCGCAUCGCAUCAGUGGCGAAGCUGUUUGCCGUGUUGGAGGGUCAUAUUUUGGCAGAGCGGGGUGUUCUCUCGUGGGACGACUCGGUGGAGAAGUUCCUCCCGGACCUCAUCUUUAAGCCAGCAAACCAACGAAACACAGGAGAAGACAUGGGCAUAACUGUAUUCGACCUCGCUACCAAUAUGUGCCGGCUCACUUCACCGCCGCGGACGUAUUCCGCCUACUCGAACACCGCUACUGAUCUGCUCGGCAUUGCGCUCGUCGCCGCCAACCGUACCGCGAGCAAGCAUCCAGAGCAUUCACCAGCCGAAUAUGCGGAGCUCCUGCAGAGAGGCAUCUUCAGUCCUCUUGGGACAAAUGGUAGCCAUUCCCUGACGACGGACGCGAACAAACUCCAGGUGGUCGUGCCUUCGCUCGAGCCGGAGAUCGCGGACUUAGACUUCUUGGAUGCUGUGAAUCCGGCGGGAGGCCAGUUCUCGUCUCUGCCUGACUGCAUCAAGGUCACCCGGGGACUGCUGAGUCCUGCGUCGCCCGAGAGCCUGGUUUCACGGCACUCCAUGUAUCGGUGGCUGCAGCCAGUGCACUCAUUCGAUGAGGAUGACUGGACCGAGAUCGGCUUCAUUUGGGAGACCAUCAAGGCGCGAGACGACUCCGAAGAUCUAUUGGAAGCUUGCUACUCGCCUACGACGCCUUCGGGCUUUCAGCCCGGAAUGAACGAGAUGCUUGCCGAGUACUCCCGGGAUCUCUACGCAGGGUUCUGGUUGAGUGAAGACGGGCUCAGCAAUGCGACGAUCAUCGUGGAAAAAGGCACACUUUACGUAGAAUCUCAGCUGUCGUGUGCCCGUUCAUAUGUUGUCUCAAAUUCUGGUCUGAUCCGAGAUCGUAACUCAUACGAAUCGUAUCAUGAGCAGAGACCUUGCUCGAGGCACCUUCCUUGGCUUAAGCAUCCUUCCACAUUGCUCCAAUCCAGCACGUCGCUUAAAAAGAAAAUCCUGCGAGCUAUUGGGCUGGAUAAGACUACCUGUCUGAUUGGACUAGUAAUGGUGAUACGCUACUCCUUGACAUACUGA